GGACGGUCUAAGCAACUGUCCACCGGAAUGUAGAAUUUCGUUUACAAUAAAAGCUAAUUAGUUACACUCACGAGUCGCGACAGGAAGUACUUCUUGAUAAAUGAAAAUUUGAGGCUGUUUUGGUGUUGCUCUUUACCUGAUUCGUUGUGGUAGUCGAGUUCUUGGAUGCACAAUGAAGAGCAGCAGAGCGUGAAGGAAUUCGUGUUCUAGCAACACAACAAACAAACAGUUGUUUACAUUUAAGGCCAAACUGAGCGUGGUAAACAGCACGCGCUAUGAACAUGGAUAUGUUAGUCUUAAAACUUGUCAGCAAAGUUCGUCUUGGCUGAGUCUAUACUCGCAGUGUAUUUAAUAGGAUUGACAAUUUCACUUAUCGAUCUGACGAUAAUUUGUCUGCCAAAUGUCUGAAGAAACCACUGAUCAGCCAGCCCUGCAAAGGGAUCAAACAACCCACGAUUUUUUGACGGGAUUGAAGGAAAGAGAGGAACUGAAAGCGAAACUUCACGAAAGGGAGAAAGAAUGUAAUUCGCUAAAGGGAACAGUUUAUGACAUGAGCAAGAAAAUGGAGGAAUUGGAGAAACAAGUGAGCAUAAAUAUCUGAAGAAACCCUCGAUUAACACGAUAAAUAUUUGUUUUUAACGAUUCACAGUAAAGCAAGUGAUAAUUACAGUUGUCUUUGUUUGAUAGGUUUGAAGAAUUCGUCAGUAAUUGUAAGAAUGCAAGAGCAGGUGUUUGACCGAUCAAACAAUUCCUUCCGCGCGCACAACCGUUGAAAUUACGAAUUGUUUACAUUUAAACUACCGCAUAAUUAUGCACAUUUAAACACGCCCUAACUUCUAAAGAUUACUUGAAGAAUUCUUCUCCCUUAAGACGCUGCUUAGCUACAGAUAUAUAACAAAUUUAUUGAUUUCUUUUUUGUUGUUUUUUUUUCUUUAAAGUUGGCUGAAAAGAAUAAGGUAAGUCUUACCCUGAUAUCUUUUUUUAAAAAUUAUUUUCAAAAUAAUCAGAUUUACAUUUUACAGCAAUGUACAUCUAGAAUUAAUUGGAAUUAAGCAGACCCCUCAAUUCUUCAUAGGAUUUUUACAAAUUGAAAGUGAUCUAAGCAAGAGACUACUGUUUUCUGCUAUUGGCUUGCUAUCAUGUAUUUUGAUGAAUUGAAUCAACAGUCAACAGUGAUAUAGUUAAAAUUCUCUGUUCACAAAUUUGUAGGAAACCAAAAAACGCCGUCAAUCAGAGGCAAAAAAACCUAAAAGACCAGCACAAAGAAAAAGAGACAAAGGAACUAAAGGUGCGGAAGAGAAAACACUUGAUGGAAACAAUAAAGAGAAUAUAGACAACCCAUUUGAUGACCCAGAGAAGUUAUACCAGGUAAAACUCUAAACUAAGAAAAACUAUGCUGGGUUCAAAAUCUACUUGAAAAUUAAGAAAUUUGGUCAUUUUUAACAAACUCAAGAGCACAUAUUGCAAUACCGCUGGAAGGCUAAUUGAGACUGGCUGGUAAAUGUUAUUGGAAUAUCACUGCAAGAUGAACUAGACAACCACUGACUUGUUAAACCUUUCCGAGAAGACAAGAACUUAAGGUCAUGAAAAGCUAAGCAAGUAGAUGUUACUGGGGCAUGCCUCUGAAAAAAAUUAAAAACAUGCAACUUGUACAUGUAUCUUGUCAAAAAAUCUGAAUUAGCGCUAAUUGAUUUAAGAGCAAAUAUCUAUUGCAUUUGGCUGAGACCUGUUCCCAUAUCAUUUUGCAUUGCUAAACGCUUAGCUUCAUUGACAAACCAAAACUGCAUGAAUAUCAAGUAAAAAAAUUAUGCAGCCACUUGAUUGGGGAAGCACUCAAAGCUUCCUUCUCAUUGAUUGGUGAGAUUUCCUCUUUCUGGAAUUUUACAAAUGAGGUAGUGAUUUGAAUUAGGUGUCUGCCACAUUGCUUGAAAAUAUCUGUCUCUAAAAUUAAUCUCUUACUUGCAUUUUGCAGGAAAUUGCCAGCAGAUAUCCUGAUGUUCCUCUAAGUACAGUUCUCAUUGCUGAGAAAAAGUUUGUGGAGGCAGAUCUUGACAGGAAUGGGGUUAGGAAAAUUUUUAAAGUUAUGUUGAAUUUUUCAUUCUAUAAGAAUUUAGAGGAGCAAAUCAAUCAAAGGAAAAAAACAUGGGUUUUUUCAAAUAUAUUUUCUUUCCAUUGAUACACAAAUAAGGAUGAAGCCACAGUCAAGGGUUGGGUUGGAAAACACAUAUUAAACAAGAGGGCUUAUAAGUGGGCUUUUAUACUCUUAACUUGAUUUAUCUACAUGAAUACUAAAUGUAGUUAAUAUGUACAUGUUGGAUAAAUUACUUAAUUUUGGUUUGAUUUGUUAUAAUUUUUUCUCAGACCAUAGACAGUGAUGAACUAGAAAAGAUGUUGGAUUUAAUAGCUCAGCAGGGGAACUCUAUGAUGUACACAAAGGCAGAUAUAAGGGAAAAGAUAUUUAAGAAGAUAGAUGUGGACAAUACAAAUUCCAUAGACUUCUUUGAAUGUAUAGGGGUAAGUUGAAAUCUGAUUUCCUUCUCUCUUGACUUGUAAAGGAGAAAGCUAUUUGGUAAAGAAAUGCUGGUUGCUGUUUUAGUUCUGAGUUAAAAGCAGUAUUAAGGGUACAAUCAAGUUAAUUAAGUUAAAUAGGUGCUGCCUCAGUUUAUGAUUGGAGAGGUAUUUUAGGAAAGUGUUCCCCUGAGUUGUAUGGUACAUAACUGAUUCAAACAUAGUAAAAUCGUCAAAUGGGUCUCUUCUCUUUGGAGCGUGUUCCCAAAAGAAAUAAUUGAACUUAAGGUCUUCUCCUGAAAUUCAGUACAGCUCUAGCGGAGCAACAGGACACUAGGUCAGGGGAAAAAAGGAGAAUCAAGCAGUUUUCUCUCUUAUUUUAAGAAUGAUAGGUAAAAGAAAAUUUUAGACCUCAGUAGAACAAUCCUAUUACCUGUUGAAUUUUCAAGAAUUCCAAGGAAUUUUAGGGAGUAGUAAGAGGUACCACAGGUCUUUGUGUUUGGGUCUUGGUUUCUUGGUCUUGGUUUUCAGGUCUUCAUUUUUGGGUCUUAGGUCUUAGGUCUUAGCUUUCGGGGGUCUUCAUUUUUGCUACCAGCAAGAACUUUCAAUAAAACUCUUCUUGUCAUCCUCAGAUUUUAGAGAUGGUACGACUAAACAAAAGCACUGAUCUGCCAACUGCCUUACAACAGAACAAGAGUGCUGUUUGUGCCAUUCAAUAGCAAAAGAGUGAUCAUGUAAAAAAUGGAUGCAAACUGAAGACUUUGAUAAUUUAAGGAUUUUGUCAUUGUUGUUUAGUAAUAUAUUCAAUGAUAAUUUACAGUAGCAAGUAAAAUUUUGGAGAGAAACCUUUAAGAAGAAUGUGUGUUGGUUAAUAGUGGCAAUUGCUGCUUUAGUGCCUUGAGGAGAGUUACAGCUAUACCAUGUAUGUCAGUAAUCUCAAGAUAUUCAUUACAGAAAAUUAAUUCAAAGGUGGCAAGUUCUCAUUAGAAUUACUAAUACUCAACUAAUGACAAUAUUAAAAAAAACAUUUAUUCAGUAUCCUGUGAUAAUGAAAACAUAUAAUUUGUGUAUAAUUUAUUCUCAUCCAGCAUAAUAGCCCCCACAUAUUGGUUGUUUUUUAAUGCUGAUAAUAUUGAUGAAAGUGAUGAUGUUAAUAGUAAUAAUUGUGAUAAUAACAAUUAUGAUAAUGCUGGCAACAUUGAUUAUGAUACUUAUUUUGAUAUGUAGUUAGAAUUCAUGCCUCAUCUUUUGUGGUUUCCAGAGAACUGGAGGCACUGGGGUAAAUUAUGAACCAUGAAUUUAUUGAUAUUUUCAAAUGACAAAUUUUAAAAUCUGUUUGAUAUAUGUCUAUUUGGAGUCUCAACUUAAGUCAAUUAAAAGAGUGUAAAUGGCUGUAAAAAUGUUUCAAAGGAAUCCUGAAGUGGAAGAAAUUUGCCCUCUAAAUAUACUCAGCUAUUUUGUUAAACUUUCAAGAUUUUAGAUUUGAAUUUGAUUGUGGCAAGAUUUCUCAUCAAUAACUAGAUUCAAUGGGGUUUAAAUUGAUAUGCCUUGAAUGUUGCAAGAACUGCGACAUACUUUAGAAUCAGUUAUACAUUCUAUCAAUUAAUAUUAUGAAAUUUGGAUGACUUAAAGAUUAAUUUGACUAUCUUAAGUUAUGGAGUAUAAAUUAUUGUGCCUUCUAUUUAAUUAUGCAACCUCACUCACAAAGGCUGUGAGCUGACCAGACCUAACUGUUUUUACUUCCAACUAUGGAAAAUUUAAGUCAUGUUGACAUGUACCUUGUC